GCCGAAGAACAAGGCUUCUCGGAAUUCCACCUCUACGUCUGCGCUGCCUUCCUCGUCAAAUGGUCCGACAAGCUCGUCAAGAUGGACUUCCAAGAGAUCAUGAUGUUUCUGCAAUCCUUGCCGACGCGCGAGUGGACAGAGAAGGACAUUGAGCUCUUGCUCAGCGAGGCCUACAUCUGGCAGAGCCUGUUCAAGGGGUCCUCGGCGCAUCUGAAAGGGCAGCCGAGCAGUAGGGCGCACUCGUUGAACUUUCAGCUUUGAGCCCGAGCCGAGCCCCUUGAGUUUGAGUUUGAGCUAUCAGUGCAGGGG